AUGGAUACUUCACAAACUUCCUCAGGAUCAACUGCCGAUACCAGUACCGGUAAAAUAUCAAUCAAGGAUUGGCACUCGCUGGAAUUGCGCACCAAGUCAGACCCCAGUACCUUGGAGAGGUUCUUCGUGAGAAAGAGCGACGAACUGAGCGAUAAGGUCGUGCGGACGAGUAUUACUGGCAAAAGGUCAGAUGACACAGCUCUGCAUGACGCUUUAGGUCAAGAGCGUGAGCGUGAGACGUUCAUUAUGGACAUGGCCAACAGUCCACAACUCAAGGGCGGGGUAGAUGAAGUAGUCAAAAGAGCGAUUGGGGGAACAAGUAACGCAUUACUGGCUGCUGGAAAGACUAUCGACGAUAUCCUCAAUGCAGGUCGAGAAAUGGAAAUCAGCUCGGAAGUCCGCUCGAGCGGUCUGGUCAAGUUCUCAAUACAUUCACCAGCUGUCGAGCGCGAUGGUUCAAGUUCAGUCUCUACCUGGACAGGCCUAGUCAAACCGCUUGAAUCAUUUAAACUUACAGACCAGCUCAGAGCUGAAUUGACCAAAGGCGAGUCGGUAUUUAGGGAUGCCACCUUAGAAAGGUGGUUUGGGAAAGCUGAUUUCCCCGAUUUGACACUUCAACAGAGAGAAGACAAACUGCAGGAGAUGUUUCCAAACAGAGAUAAAUUUUGGUCUGCAUGGGCCAAGAGGGAUUGGGAUGAAAUCAGUAAUGAAGUUGGCGCGGCGUUUGCGAAUGACUCAAGUCACGCCCUUGACGAGACGAUCGAGGAUAAGAUAUCUCGUCAAACUUCCGAAGUGGGAAGUAUGGAUAAAGUGUAUCUUGAGGUUACCAUUAAUCCCAAUAUCAAGAGAACUCGUAACUCCCUGGAUUGUUGUGGGUGGUUAUCAACAGACCCGUUGAUGGACAGUGAAAGCGUUUCUAUACAACUUCAAUCUAAAGAUGGGUUCUUCCAUAAGUUUUAUACUAAGCACUUAUCGGACUUUGUGGAUUUGAACGAUCAGAGAUUUGCCAAGGAUCUCUGA